UGGCAACAUGGACACCAUCCCACCCAGCGUGUUCAAGUUCUGUGGAUUCCUCACUGCAAUGCAUUCAAUGUGCAACUCUAUUAUCUAUUUUACAAUGACCAAAAGCUUCCGAAAGAUUGCUGUCAAGUUGCUGCGAAAAAUCUUUACAUGCGUUCUCCCGGCGAACGAGGAAUCGGCCGGAACAACAGAGUCGCUUUCUUGCGAAAAAGCAAGCUGUUCUGCAAAAAUAACUCCUCUAUCAGACAAAAAG